GGAGUCCGACCGGAUGUACUUUCGGUGUUGGCGGCAGCGCAGGGGGCAUGCGCAGAGGCAUGCGCGGCACGGGCUGAACACUUCGAUGGAGUACGUCCCACUCAGCGCACUAAUCUGACCGGGUGCUGUUCGUUUGAGGGCACUGCCGAAGCUCUUCACUAAUCAAGGCACAGUAUCUGCGUUAAUUAGUUUUAUGACAAGGUUGGACAUAUAGCUAACUACAGUUUUGUUAUCACGGCGUGUCUCUCACCCGUCCAGCUAAGUUAGGUUAGCUAAAUUAACCCAGUUUCGAUCCCGGUGAAAUGAAACACACAAACCCUUGUGGAGAGGCUUCUUAACCAGCAGAGCCUCCGCUUGUCGCUGAUUUAACCCAACAGUCGUGUCCUCCGACCCUCUUCAGUUUGGGGCAGGUCCAUACAGGCUGUGCAUCAUGUCGAACGCUGGUAGAGCUUCACAAAAACCAGCCAAGAGCCAGAACACACCACCCCGUGGUUCCAUCUCCAAUGGCCUCAAAGAAAUUCACAUCGAUGAAGAAGUCAAGAUAGCAGUGAACCUCUCUCUGGAGAGGUUUCGCUACAGUGACCAGAAAGAGAUGGAAUUUCCCUCCUCCUUAGCCAGUACUGAGAGGGCUUUUAUUCAUCGAAUGGCACAGUCCCUGGGUUACAUUUCUAAGAGCAAAGGGAAAGGACCAAAUCGCUUCCUCACCAUCAAGAAGAGGGAUGGUUCAGACAAGCCUCGGCCUACCAUGCCCCUCACGCUCUCCCACAAUUCCUUAUAUUUAAUACGCAGCCUGCUUCAGAGGUUCCCCAUCAGCAAUAAGGAACGCAUAGACCUGCAGCCCAACAACAAAAGUGGCAUGUCUGUGGCUGCAGAGCCUGCUCUUCCCUCAGACAACAGUUGUGACAGGAACAGGGCAAGUGGGCGCUUAAACAACGGCAUACCCAUGGUGCCUCGGAGGAGGAGUCCAUCAGAACUGGACAGUUUUCGACGCUCCCUGCCUGUGCAUGAACGCCAGGAAGAGAUCAUCCAGCUCAUCAGAGAAAACAGGGUGGUGCUGGUGGUGGGAGAGACCGGCUCCGGAAAAACUACACAGAUCCCACAGUUCCUGCUGGAUGAGUGCAGCAGGAAUGGAGAGCCCUGCAGGAUCUUCUGCACUCAGCCCAGACGCCUGGCUGCCAUCGCUGUGGCUGAGAGAGUGGCAGCUGAGAGAGGAGAGAGUGUGGGCCAGACUGUUGGUUAUCACAUCAGACUAGAGAGCAGGGUCUCCCCCAAGACACUGCUGACCUUUUGCACCAGUGGAGUGUUCCUCAGAACACUGAUGGCUGGAGAUGCCAGCUUGACAACUGUCACACAUGUCAUUGUGGACGAGGUGCAUGAGCGCGACGGUCUGACUGACUUCCUGCUCACUAAGAUGCGGGAUGUGCUUCAGAAGAUCGCCACACUUAAACUGAUCCUCUCCAGUGCAGCUCUGGAUAUAGACCUGUUCCUUCAGUACUUUGGCUCCUGCCCUGUUAUCCACCUCAAAGGACGACAGUUUGAAGUGAAGGAACUCUUUCUGGAGGACAUUCUGAGGCUGACGGGCUUUAACAAUAAGGACUUGAGGAAAUACAAGGAAGAGACACAGAGAAAGGAGAAGAAGCAGAAACGUUUGACGGAGUGGUGUAAGGCAGUAGAGGGCAGUUCUGUUGAGGAGGAACAGAGGACCCCUGUGUCUGCCCCAGGCUUCCUCCAGGACAGCAGCUCCUUGGACAGAGGGGACAGCACCUUCAACAAGCCGAAUGAGGAUGGCACAGAACAGCUGGAGCCGUGGCUGCGGAAGGAGAUGGACUCCUGCAUUUCUAACAUUUUCCUCAAUGAAGACCAGGAUGCUUUCAUUCAGCUCUUCAACCUCAUCCUCUAUGAAAGUGUUAACGUGGACUACAGGCACAGUGAGACAGGAGCCACGCCUCUGAUGGUGGCAGCAGGCCGAGGUUUCCUCCCACAGAUGGAGCAGCUGCUCAACAUGGGGGCCGACAUCAACAUGAAGGCAUCCAAUGGAUGGACAGCCUUAGACUUUGCCAAAGACUUCCAGCAGACAGAAGCUAUGGAUCUCCUUAAAUCCUCCAUUCCUUUGGGAGAGGUGAGCAGCCUGGAUGAGUCCGCUCUGGUGCAGAGUGGCAGUGUAGUGCUGAGCACUGAAGAACAAGAGCUCCUCAAACUGUACCACCAUAGCUUUGAUGAUGAGUGGGUGGACCUGGACCUCAUCAUGGAUCUGCUGCACAACAUCUGCUCCACCAGCAGUGACGGUGCUGUCCUGAUUUUUCUCCCUGGAUACGAUGAGAUAGUGGCUCUCAGGGACCGCAUCUUGUACGACGAUAAGAGAUUCUCCACCCACUCUGAGAGGUACCAGGUGUUCACUCUACAUUCCGACAUGCAGACUCUGGAUCAGAAGAAAGCCAUGAAGACCUCUCCACCUGGUGUCAGGAAGAUAAUUCUUUCUACUAACAUUGCUGAGACGAGCAUCACCAUCAAUGAUGUGGUCUUCGUCAUUGAUUCAGGAAAGGUCAAAGAGAAGUCCUUUGAUACCCUCAGUCAUGUAUCCAUGUUAAAGACGGUUUGGAUUUCAAAAGCCAGCGCUCUGCAAAGGAAGGGAAGAGCUGGGCGCUGCAGACCAGGGAUUUGCUUCCACCUCUUUAGUCGACUCAGGUUUAACAACAUGCUGGAAUUCCAGGUUCCACAGCUGCUGCGGAUGCCACUGCAGGAACUGUGUCUUCAGACCAAACUGCUGGCUCCCUCCUCCUGUCCAGUAGCUGAGUUCUUGUCCAAAGCUCCACAACCUCCUCCUGCACAUGCCAUUAGGAACGCUGUGCAGAUGCUAAAGACAAUAGAUGCUAUGGACCAGUAUGAAGACCUGACUGAUCUGGGCUAUCACCUGGCUGAUCUACCUGUGGAGCCCCACCUGGGCAAGAUGGUGCUGUGCGCUGUGGUGCUGAAGUGCCUAGACCCCAUUCUAACCAUUGCCUGUACACUGGCCUAUCGUGACCCCUUCAUCCUUCCCGCCCAGGGCUCUCAGAAAAGAGCUGCUCUACAAUGCCGCAAACGUUUCACUUCAAGCUCCUUCAGCGACCACAUGGCCCUGCUGAGAGCCUUCCAGGCAUGGCAGAAGGCCCGCAGUGACGGCUGGGAGAGAACCUUCUGUGAGAAGAACUUCCUGUCCCAGGCCACCAUGGACAUGAUACUUGGCAUGAGGACACAGCUGCUGGGACAGCUCCGUGCUAUUGGCUUCGUACGGGCCCGUGGAGGCAGUGACAUCCGUGAUGUGAAUCUGAAUUCUGAGAACUGGGCCAUGGUGAAGGCAGCCCUGAUAGCUGGCAUGUAUCCAAACCUGGUGCAUGUCAACCAAGAGACCUCCCUGCUUUCUAGUAACAGGGAAAAGAAGGUCCACUUUCAUCCCACGUCUGUCCUGAGCCAGUCCCAGUUCAAGGAGAACAGCCCAGCCAAAUCGGCCCAGGCCCUUCCCACAGACUGGUUGAUCUACGAUGAGAUGAGCCGAGGCCACAGGAUGGCCAGUGUCCGCUGUUGCUCCAUGGUGACUCCAAUCACUGUGGCCAUAUUUGGAGGUUGUGCCAAACUACCCAGCUCUGCUCUGCAGGAACCUGCUGUACAGAAAGCUACUGACGGUUCACUGGAUGACAUCAGUGACAGUGAGACAGAGGAUCUAGCUGAGAUGAGGAUCGAUGACUGGCUCGUCUUCCAAUUGGACAUAGAGGCUGCAGGGCUGGUGUUUGAACUGAGGCAGAAGUGGCAAAACUUGUUUAUCAAGAGGAUCCGUUGUCCUUCAAAGCCCUGGUCUCAACAAGACGAGGCCAUCAUCCGCACCCUGGUUUCUGUGCUUGCAGCAGAGGAGCAGGGGGCAGGCCUGCAGCAGCCCACGGGGAUUGGCCAGCGGCCCCGGCCCAUGUCAUCAGAGGAGGGGCCCCAGGCUUCUGUGAAGAACUCCAAGAACAGCCCCCAACUACCCAACAACACCACCAAUGACAAGUCCUGUAGGAUACCAGCAGCCUCAGGCCUGCUUCAGAUGAAAGCACACAGCAGAGAUGAGGCCUCACUGCCCAUAAAUGAGCUCUCUGAUGACCCUCCCUCCUCCAGUAAUUCUUCCUGCUCUGCGAUCUUGGACAGUCCUUCUGACAGCCCCUGUCCCUCCUCCUCAGGAAAGCAGGUCUCAAAGCCAGUGUCGCCCCAGCUGGCCUUUUCAUCAGUGCGGUACUUCAUCAUGAAGAGCAGCAACGUCAGGAACAUAGAAAUUUCUCAGCAGAAAGGUAUCUGGUCCACCACACCAAGCAAUGAGGCCAAACUCACCAAGGCCUUCCUGGAGAACAACCUCAUCAUCCUCAUCUUCUCUGUUCAGGGCUCUGGACACUUCCAGGGCUACGCUCGCAUGUCAUCAGUCAUCAGUCGGGAGAGCUGCCAGGACUGGGGCUUCAUGGGACUAGGAGGGGUUUUCAGUGUAGAGUGGAUCCACAAGGAGAGUCUUCCCUUCCAGUGCACCCAACACAUCCUCAACCCAUGGAACGACAACAAGAAGGUCCAGAUCAGCAGGGACGGACAGGAGUUGGAGCCCCAAGCAGGCAGCCAGCUGCUGUUACUGUGGGGGAGAAACUCUGGGAAUCCAAUUCAGUAGAGGAAGAGCAGACCUCUCUGCACCAUACUCACCAAGUUUUGUUCUUACUCGACCAAAUCUGGCUCAGACUACAUGCAUACAUUGUAUAUUGAUUGAAACAUGUAUUUUUCUAUCAAUUAGAGGGCAGAUCGUUUAGAUAUUACGUUUUAUUUCUAUUUUGCCUUAAACAGCACAAGGACUGCACUACCAGUUAAGGCAAGAUGGCAGGACAAUGGAAGAGGGACUGAUUCAUUUGAAAGCAAAAGUUCAACUCAAGUCUUCUCCUGUUUCUCUGUUUUGUCUAUUUAAUAAGUAAGUUUUCAAUCAGUUUUUAUGCCUUGUAUUAAAAAUGGUACUCGUGUUCUUAUCAAACAGUAUGACCAUAAAAUGUCUGAUUGAAAAAAGAAUCUGACAUGAAUUAGAAAGGAUGAAACAUGUUUGUAUCACAAAUGUGUCACUGUUUUAGUUUGAUAAAUACAGAAGCUAUUAAGUUCUUUCAGAUUGUUGUAAUGAUGUCCAGUUAGUUUUUAUGGAAAUGUUUUGACAGACUGACGUGUGUACACUAUUUACAGCACAUAAACAAUGCUUCUCUGCUAAAACGUUCUAUAUGUUGAAGCUUUGCUCGGAUGAUGUUGUAGUGCCUCAGGCUCUAUUGGGCAUCAUCUAUUUAUGUAACUCAUUUGAACACAUUUGUCAACUUUUUGCAAAUGUUUCCUGGAUGAAGACAAAAAAAAUCGUAAUAUAUGUUGUUAGGAUUUGAACCUUGAAAUUUAAACUUGUUUUGCUGCUGUAUGAGGAGAGGUGAAAAAGUGAACUUUUGACUGUUGAGUUAAGGCAUCCUCAUGAUUGUGUUUAUGGGAUGACAAAAAUAAAUAGUGAUUUCAUCUUAGAACCCUGUUA